UAAAACGCAUUAAACGUCAACUAAAACCAAACGAACAAACAUUUUUUGACAGAUAAGAAUGAAUCCUGAAUUAUUUUAUACAAAAUAUUUAAAAACGCAACAAAUAAGUAUGUGAUUGCUUCCAUUAAUGAAAUUAUGUACUGUCUUCAAUGGCUUAUUCCUGUUUUAUUGAUGCCUAAACCUUCCAACCCGGCACUUGUACAAACACACGUUAUGUUUAUGGUGUUAUAUCUCAUAGGAUUUUUCUUAGAGAGAAAGCCAUGUACAAUAUGUAGUUUAGUGUUUCUAGCUGCAGUAUUUUUGAUAUGUUACAGUGGAUUAGGCAAUUGUUUACUAUGGUCUUCGCAUUGUGAUACCGAUAAUGGAUAGUAAUGUAUAGACUGUCUCAAACCCAAACCAUCAACUACUUUGUGUUGGAUUGUUAGUUUUAAGAAGAAAUGUUGGUACAGACAUGGUUCCUUCCUGAAGGAGUAAACGUAUUAACUGAAAAUUUUAAGUGGACAUCAUCCAGUGGUGUUCAGCUAUUUAUUGAAAUGUAAAUAUUUUUGUAUAUUUUACUCUUUUACACUAUAUUGGUGAUAGGUAUGUUUUUAUGCCAAAGAAAUUAGUUCUUUUAUAUUAUCUGUUAAUAAAUGAUAUACAAACUAA